AUGGAUGAAAAUGUUGUUAAGCUUCCACCCAGCAAAGAAUACGUCAAUGCAUACCCGCAGUUUAUAAAUGAAAAUGUUGGGACUAACUUGUCAUCUGCUUCGAUUGCUGGUAUUGUGAUAGGAGUACUUCUUGGUGUCAUAUUGAUAGUUUUAAUUGGUGUAUUAAUCUAUUAUUGUCGUCUACGGCAUAGACGUUAUGAAUGUGCCUAUGAUACUGAAGAAGCUCUUGGAAAUAAUUUCACGUCCGCUGAACAUGCUCUACAACAAAAAUAUCAUAAUCAUCCUGAUGUUAAAGCAGAAUUGUAUAUUUAA